UACUUUUACCAAAACAAAUGGAAAAAGAAGUUAAUCGUUCUCACUGUGUUCGUUUGUGGGAACUCAAAUUAAACCGAAAGAAAUGUUAUACGUUACGGCCAUCGGCAGUUCCGCUCCCAGAAAAUUGGUGGCCGGAAUCGAGGCCAGCCAUCCCUGUAAUCAGAACCCUUCUUCCUUACCCACCCGCUUUCCAUUCAAGCUGAAACUUUUUCUACUUUCACAAACCAAAUUUACUAAUCUUCUCGUUGAAUUUCAUUCUAACCCACUUCACACCCUCAACAUUCUCCCGUUUGCGCGUCUUUCCUGCUCUGUUUCUGCUCUCUUUGCCUGGGAUUCUUGGAGAUGGGCUGCUCAAUUCAUAUCCUAUCAAUUGUUCUUCCUUUGUUUAGUUGCGCAAGCCCAUGAUUAUCCGUCUCCUUCUGUUAGAUAUCCUUGUGAAGAUGUUAAUAUGUAUUAUGCUAAUGUAGCACAGUUUAAAGGUGAACUUCUCAAACGUAAGCUAAAUUCAAUUGUUGCUGCUCAUCAUUCCUUGUCCUAUAAAGAGGUCUGGGAUGCCAUCAAGAUUCUUGAUGCUGCUGAUGUAGACAAUCCAGAAGCCUCAUCAGCAAUAGUGGAGAUAUACUCGCAGAGGAUUGUGCCAAAGUCUCUAGCAGGGAAACCUGAGGGUUGGAACAGGGAGCAUUUGUGGCCUCGUUCUUAUGGGCUUAGAAGAGGUCCAUCCUUGACAGAUUUGCACAAUAUCCAUCCAGCAGAUACAAAUGUCAAUUCCUCCCGAGGAAACAAAUAUUUUGGAGAAUGCCAAGUUAAAUCCCCUGAAUGUUUGAAGCCAGCCUCAAAAGAAGCGGCUUCUGAUACUGAAAGCGAUAAGGAAAAAUGGGCACCUCCUAAGCAUGUUAGAGGAGAUAUAGCAAGGGCAGUAAUGUAUAUGGCAGUCUCUUAUGGGUUUCAGCUUUCUGAUUCUCCAAACAAGGGAAAUAAUGAAAUGGGCCUACUUUCAACAUUGUUAAAAUGGAAUAAGGGUGAUCCACCAUCAAGAGAAGAGAAGUUGAGAAAUGACAGAAUAUGCAAGUUUUAUCAGCACAAUAGAAAUCCUUUUAUCGAUCAUCCAGAAUACGCUCAGCUAAUAUGGAAGCAAAUUUCUCCAAUUCGUGAAAGCUCAAAGUUUCUCAAGGGAAAGCAAUGAUCAAUGUAUCUGAUUAGCCCACAAGGUGAGAGUUUCUUGUGGAGGUCGAGAAGUUCCUUGGUGAUAUUCAUUUUUUUGUCUGCUUAUUAAAAGAGAAAAUCGUGAAAGUAGCCAUGAAAAAAAGAGAUUCUGAUUUAUAUUUAUUCACAACGUUAUAUGUAUAAUAUUAAACUAGGCUAGGGUAGAUUUAUUCUGUUUAAUCUAUCCUCAAAGUUCCUAAGUGGAUUUAGAUGCAAGUUCAGUUAUAAACUUAUAAUAUAAAACAACGGUGUUAUCAUAGAAUA